GGAAGCCCGGGAACGUUGGAAGCUCUGCCUGACGUGUGUGCCUCCCGGUUUUCCCGAAACGUUGACCGGUGCAUAGCGAACGCGCUUAUGAAAACCGGUAGUGGAUUAGGAUUGGGAAUAAUUUUGUCAGUCCUCGUGUUCAAAAGUGCGUAUUUUGUUAUUAAAACAUUUUAUGUUAGGUUUAGGUUUGUAGGUGAGACAUAG